AGACGAGUUUUAAAUAUAUCCGCAUGGAAUUCCCAGACAAUACUCUGCCUAAAAUAUUGAUUUAGUGGCGUUAGUUAGAUAACCUGGGUUACAGACACGCUAAUCUGCUAAUUAGCUAGUUAGCCAAAACGAAAUUCGGACGCGUUCGGCGUAUCUUCGGGAAUAUAAACUGUACUGUUUGCUUUAUGGCUUGUUGCUUGUAAAGAUGAGCUAAAUGCAAUCUAAAUGGAGUAAUGUUAAAGCAGCAGCGGCGGCGCUUUUCGGCGGUCAUCAUCUAAUCCCGCUGCGUUAAGAGGCUCAGUGUUUAAACACCUGCUGGACGCAAUGGACGCAGGAGGCAUUUCUGAUCUGGACCUGGACAAAUAUGACGCUGAUGAGCAGGUCAAGAUCAUCUGCCUCGGAGACAGCGCUGUGGGCAAAUCCAAGCUUAUGGAGAGAUUCCUAAUGGAUGGAUAUCGUCCUCAGCAGCUUUCCACAUACGCUCUGACUCUCUACAAAUACACCACCACAAUCAAUGGACAAACUGUCCUGGUUGAUUUCUGGGAUACUGCAGGGCAGGAACGUUUUCGAAGCAUGCACCCAUCGUACUACCAUAAAGCUCAUGCUUGUAUAAUGGUGUUUGAUGUCCAGAGGAAAAUCACAUAUAAGAACCUCCCAAAUUGGUACAAAGAACUGCGGGAGUACCGGCCAGAGAUUCCCUGUCUGGUGGUUGCUAACAAGAUAGAUGCUGACAUGAAGGUCACGCAGAAGAGUUUCAACUUCGCUAAGAAACAAGGUCUGCCCUUCUACUUUGUAUCUGCUGCUGAUGGGACCAAUGUAGUCAAGGUGUUUAAAGAUGCCAUUCAGAUGGCUCUGUCCUACAAGAAGAACUCCAACGACUUUAUGGAUGAAGUCAUGAGGGAGCUAGAGAACUUUGAUUUGGAGAGUAAAGAAGAAUCAUCUGAUAAAGACGAAGAGACGCAAGAAGGAAAACCGGACUCUGCAUGAUCAAGUCACAUUCUCCAUCCUCGUUCUCUUUCUCCGCUGCUCCUGCACUUGUACUGAUGAGUUCCUCAGAUCAUGGCUGUCCUCCCACCAUCCUGAGCAGCAGAACUCUACCUCACACCACUCAGUGUGUCUGUUUUUGAAAUAAAUUAUGAUUCUGUGAAUGUACAGCUAGAAUCAAUGCACUCUGAACUUAGAACUUUGAUACAAGUUGUGCAGCAUGCAGAUUUGGUAACAACAAUUUUAGCACUCUAAAGAGACUCUGUCUGGAAUGUGAAGCUUUGUGCCGAAUGUAACAUUACAUUUUUAAGAUAUAGUUUUUUACAGCAAUUGCACAUUUCAAGUAACAAAUUGUGAUGCUCAGUAGUAUCAAUAAACUAUUUGAUAUUUGUACAAGGGUAGUUGAUUAUACUGAAAGAUUGAAAUAAUUAUACAUACGGUUUUCAAAUAUUAAUGUUCCCAGUUAUAUUCAUGUAAAUUCUUAUUUGCCAACUGAACAGAUUUUUAUAUUAAAGGGAUUUCUUGCAAGCACAUCUGAGUGCAAGAUAAGACUCUCCAGGAAUGCAUGAGAAGACAGCCAUGAUGUAAACUCUGUGUAGCAGGUGAAUGUGUGUUUGUGAAAACCAGAGCAAAGAAACAGCAGUAGCUGCUCUGGACGAUCACUGACAAUUACAAACUGCCAGGUUACAGUUUAGGCUGUGAAACACUGUUGACUUCUGUCUUAAUAUUAUAAACUCGAUAAUGUGCAGCUUUCAAUUUUUGACCCACUCAGUGAACAUCUCAAAGAGGGUCAAAUAGAGAUGCAGGUCAACGGUGAAGCAUUCAUGUGCCACAUCCACAUGCAGCUGUUUGAUGAUCUGUCCUGUGAAACUGAGGGAGGUUUAGGAGUGAAUCUCAUGAAAUGUCAAAGACAUGCUUGUCGUGUUACAACUAAAUCAAAACACAUCAUCCCUCCCAUUUUUUUUUAUUAUUACUGAUUGUAAAUUAUUUCAAUUUUAAAAUAUUUGUUCAUCAUAGUACUUCUAUAAUGAAUAUAAUUUAUGCUGAUUUAAAAUGUCAAAAAUUGUGUUUGGACAAAUGUUUGUCAUACGUAAUCAUGUGAAUGCAAAAAUUGUCAAAAGUAAUCAUGCUAAAAAUAGACACAUUUAGGCAGUUUUCUUAUGCAAGAACAUAUAUUUGGAUUAAACUAUGACUCAGAUAUUCCUUUGUGAGGUUCCCCUUUAGAGACCAGCAUUAUUAUUGUAAAACAUAUAUUCUAUUGCACAAACUGUGAAGGUUUUUUUUUUUUUAGAUUAUUGCUUUUGGGGUGUUUUGUGAUGUUUUGCACAAGUGCUUUAUAUAUCGAACAUGCAUCCAUGUUGGUGAAUUCAAAUAGAACCAGCUUUGUACUACACAUGAAUGUGCAUAUCUGAACUGGAUACAACUUGUAGUAUGUCAUUACAAAAAAAAAAUCUUAUUUCUGGUGUUUUUUAAUGUUAUGUACAUGUACUCAUUUGUUCUGUGAGCAGAAUGUGGUUCAUAUUAAAGAAAUAUAAACAAG